CGCUAAUAUUAAACAAGAAAUAUUAUUUUGUUCAACUAGCUACUUAAGAUGAGAUAAGCAAAAUAUAUCUAUCAAAUAUAAACAAUUUGGAGGAGGAUUAUAUCCAGUUAAAAAUGGAAAAAUAUCUGGUAAUUUUUUUCUUCGUAUUUUUAUCCAGUUGGCACAUCGAUGCAACGUCGUCUUGUAUAUCCGUUUUAAAUGGUGAGAAAUGCGCACAGAUUCAAGCAGCUGGACAAGUAAUAGCGAAGCGCAUAAAACAAAGCGAUAAUAUCAUCCAGAAUGCUUUGUUUCGAUCUAUACACGAAUCACAACUUAUCGUAGAUGCAUCUAUGAAAUAUUUAAAGACCGAAUCCUUGAAAGUAAAAGUGGCGCAUCCUGGAGUUACACCAAUCGAAUCAUCCCAGUUAAAAGCAGCAGAGAAACUGAUUGUUGGCGUGACAGUAAGAAGUGUUAAAAAUGGAAAUCACAAGUUCUGGCAAGUGUUUCGAAAAGCAUGCAAGUUGCUUCUUAAGGAUGAAAGAGUUGCAAGCAUUUUGCUCCAUUAUUCGGCUGGAAAAACAGCAAAACGUUCAGCACCGACCUUGAAUAGUUUGAGUGGUAUAUUGAAGAGUUUGGAACCGGAAUUAAAAACAUUAUUGACAUCUGUGGAAUUGGAGUUGAAGGGUGCAUCUAAGAACGCCUUUAGUUUUUUUGCUGAUAGUUUAAAGAUUUUGCUAAAUGGGAAAGUUCAGAUAGAUUUCGAUCAAACAAAAGCAAAUCUAGAGCAAUUUUUGUUAGGCUCAGUAAACGUAACUUUAGAAUCAGCAUUUCAUCAGUCGUCCAUCAUACUCAAAGAAGCAGUCCAGCAGGUUGAAAUUAUUGACAGUUUGGUCGAGACAUUAAAACAAGAUUCCCGUCGGUUAUCUGAAGCACUUCAUCCAGCGAGAAUACUUAUCUCUGAAGCUCUCAACGAUAUACAGUACGAUGGAAAUAGCGCCAAUUUGCAAAAUAAAUUUGUCUCAACUUUAAAGUCACUAAAAGACACGUACAUUGAAAUAAAAUCAACCGUGACGUCAUAAAUUUCAAGCAUACUGUAAAGCAUACUGUAUAAAAAUGAUCUAUAUUGGAUAAUAUUUUGUGUUUAUUUUCCGUAAAAUACUGUAACAAUAAUAGAAAUUUUCUUCUUUCAGGAAUGUGUGAUACAACAAUCAUUCCCAGAA